AUGGAUAAACAACAAAAAAAGAGUAACCUUGACAACAAGCAAGGUGAAGUUGAAAAGAAUGAGGGAUAUGGUAUUCCAGAGAUGAGACAAGAUCAUGAACUCUAUGAAAAUGCCAAUCUCCAUGAAAAGUUUGACCUAAAGAAAGGAGAUUUAAAGUAA